CCCGGGGGCCCACGCUGACGGAGGUGCGGCGCGAUUUGAAAUUCCGGGACCUUCUGCUCGAGCUCGUCGUCAGCCAGGCUUCAGCGAAGCAGUCCCGCCGGCGAAGAAGACCUUGGCAGCAGGAGUACGUGCGACAGCUUUGCCAGGCGAAGGCCGUGCUGUGGACGUGUGCAGAACCGCGCUGCACGGGUAGUCAGGAGCAACAUCCCUGACCUCCAGGGCACAGGUCCUCCAGACGAAGUCUCCGCGCCUCUCCUGGAGGCAUUAGGGUGUCCAAGAAGCAUAGGAAUCCCAGGACCAUGGCUAAUAAAACCCAGGAGGUUGGUGGCAUCCAUUUCCCUUUUCCCUUCACACCCUAUUCCAUCCAGAAAGACUUCAUGGCAGAGCUGUAUCGGGUGUUGGAAGCUGGCAAGAUUGGAAUAUUUGAGAGUCCGACUGGCACUGGAAAAUCUUUAAGUCUUAUUUGUGGGGCUCUUUCCUGGCUCCGUGACUUUGAGCAGAGGAAACAUCAGGAAGAGGCACGUCUCCUUGAAACUGGAACUGUCCCCUUGAGUGACGGGAAGGAGCAGCCCCUGUCUCUCUCAUCCUCCUGCAAAGAGACUCCAGACACCCCGAGGCCUGCAGGAGAGCCUGACUGGGUGACUCAGUUUGUGCAGAAGAAAGAAGAAAGGGACCUGGUGGACCGCCUGAAGGAGGAGCAGGUCAGGCGGAAGAAGCGAGAGGAGCGCCUGCGGCAGAUUCGGCACAAUGCGCAGCUCAAGUAUGCAGCCAAGCGCGUGAGACAAGAGGAAGAAGAGAUGGAGCGUCUCCUCUGCCUCAGCAGGGAGAUGCUAGCGGCCGGAGCAGAGGCCGAGCCUCGGGAGCCGCUGGCGUCCGGGGAGGAGGAGCUGGUCCUCGCGGAGUACGAGAGUGAUGAGGAGAAGGGAGCAGCUCAUGGAGUGGACGAGGACGAGGAUGACCCAGAGGAAGAACAUGUAACUAAGAUUUACUACUGCAGUCGGACACACUCCCAGCUGGCUCAGUUUGUGCACGAGGUACAGAGAAGCCCCUUUGGCAAGGACACCCGGCUCGUCUCCCUCGGCUCUCGGCAGAACCUUUGUAUAAACGAUGAUGUGAAAACCCUGGGCUCUGCGCAGCUCAUCAGUGACCGCUGCGUGGAGAUGCAGAGAAGCAAACACGAGAGGAACAGAGCUGAGGAAGAGAAGCCCAAGAGGAGAAGGCAGGAGCACUGGGCCACAUGCCCCUUCUAUAGCUACGAGCGGCUGCAGCUCCUCCGAGACCAGGUCCUGGUGGGGGUGAAGGACAUUGAGCAGUUGGUGGCACUGGGGAAGGAGGCCCGGGCCUGUCCCUAUUACGGGAGCCGGUUUGCCAUUCCAGCAGCCCAGCUCGUGGUGCUGCCCUACCAGAUGCUGCUGCAUGCGGCCACCCGCCAGGCUGCGGGCAUCCGGCUGCAGGGCCAGGUGGUACUCAUCGACGAGGCGCACAACCUGAUCGACACCAUCACGGGCAUCCACAGUGCAGAGGUCAGCGGUUCCCAGCUCUGCCAGGCCCAUUCCCAGUUGCUCCAGUAUAUGGAACGAUAUGGGAAGCGUCUGAAGGCCAAGAACUUGAUGUACAUCAAACAGAUCCUGUAUCUGUUGGAGAAGUUUGUGACUGUGUUGGGUGGGAACAUUAAGCAAAACCCCAAUACACAGAGCCUUUCACAGACAGGGACAGAGCUGAAGACCAUCAAUGAUUUCCUCUUUGAGAGCCAGAUCGACAACAUCAACCUGUUCAAGGUGCGGCGCUACUGUGAGAGGAGCAUGAUCAGCAGAAAGCUCUUCGGCUUCACAGAAAGGUACGGCACAGUCCUCACAUCCUCCAGGGAGCAGCCCAGACUGGCUGGGUUCCAGCACUUCCUGCAGACCCUGCAGCCCACAGUGGCCCAGACUGCUGUGGGCCCUGUGGAGGAGGGCGAGGCCAGGCUGCCACGGCCAGCUUCCCCGCUGAUGCACAUCGAAUCCUUCCUAGCAGCCCUCACCACUGCCAACCAGGAUGGCAGGGUCAUCCUGAGCCGCCAAGGAAGUCUUUGUCAGAGUAGCCUCAAAUUCUUGCUCCUGAAUCCAGCCGUACACUUUGCCGAGGUGGUGAAGGAAUGCCGGGCCGUGGUCAUCGCGGGGGGCACUAUGCAGCCGGUGUCUGACUUCCGGGAGCAGCUGCUGGCCUGUGCUGGGGUGGAAGCUGAGCGAGUGGUGGAGUUUUCCUGUGGUCAUGUGAUCCCUCCAGACAAUAUCUUGCCCCUGGUCAUCUGCAGUGGCCCCUCCAGCCAGCAGCUGGAGUUCACAUACCAGAAGAGAGAGCUGCCACAGAUGAUGGAUGAGACUGGUCGCAUUCUCUGUAACCUGUGCACUGUGGUCCCUGGAGGGGUGGUCUGUUUCUUCCCCUCCUAUGAGUACCAACGCCAGGUCUAUGCCCACUGGGAUCAGAGUGGGCUGCUGGCCCGCCUGGCGGUCAGGAAAAAGAUAUUUCAGGAACCCAAGAAAGCAAACCAGGUGGAACAGGUGCUGGCGGAGUAUUCCAGGUGCAUUAAGGUGAGAAGUGUAACUCCGAGGCCUUGGGUCCAGAGAACAGCUGGCAGCAUUUUGGGUGGCCUCAAGCUUUGGCUCUACAACCUGGACUGGUAUUUCCCGCAGUGUUGUGGCCAGGCGGGAGGCACGGUGACAGGUGCUCUGCUCCUCUCUGUGGUUGGAGGAAAGAUGAGUGAAGGUAUUAACUUCUCUGACAACCUUGGCCGCCUCGUGUUCCUCGGCCCUAGGUGUGUGGUUAUGGUAGGCAUGCCCUACCCAAACAUCAGGUCACCAGAGCUGCAGGAGAAGAUGGCCUACCUGGACCAGACCCUACCCAGAGGCCCAGGUCAGCCACCACCAGGGAAGGCUUUGGUGGAGAAUCUGUGUAUGAAGGCUGUCAACCAGUCUAUAGGCAGGGCCAUCAGGCACCAGAAGGAUUUUGCCAGCAUAGUGCUUCUGGAUCAGCGGUAUGCCCGCCCACCUAUCCUGAGAAAGCUGCCAGCCUGGAUCCGAGAGCGUGUAGAGGUCAAAGCCACCUUUGGUCCUGCCUUUGCUGCUAUGAGGAAGUUUCAUCGUGAGAAGUCUGUCCCUUCCUGAUGGAUGGCCCACCACUGCCCAGAUGCCAGCCUCUUCCUUCCAGCUGCUCACGUGAAAUGUUUGCCUCGUGCCUGCUUUGUGGGGAUUCAGCCUAAAAAGGUGAAGCCCAGCUGGAGACCAGACCAGCCCCUUUCUGGAAUCUGGGCUGCCAGGACUAGGCACAGGUAGAAAAGACAGUAAGAGAACAUCAGGUCGAUGCUGAAGAAACAGUGGGUCCUGGCCAUCCUGGGACCCAUCCCAGGGCAGUCUGGCUCCCUGGAAUUGAAUGCCCAUUCACCACCGUCCAGAGUCUAGCUCCCUGCCCUGCUUUGUGGCCAGUCUUCCACUGCAGCAUCUCUGUCCUCCCUUUGGUGUCCAUUCUCUCACAGGUGAGGCAGAACAUGCCCUCUAGCCUUUCCCUUUUCUGGCUACAAUUUGUUGUUCUAGACCUUCACCUUCUUUUCAAAACCAAGAACAUUCCCUCUAUCCAGCCCCAGGUCCCUGGUGUCCAUAGGGCUCCUUCUGCCCAGGGCCCUCUGACUACCUCAGUCCUACCACCUUUCUCGGUGUUAAGAACUGGGAAGAGCCAUGUGCUGACUCCCCCACCUGCUGGUCUCUGUCUUCCCCAACCAGUGCUGGCCCCUAACCUGUCCCACAGCAUUUCUAGCUCCCUUGGCCUGGCUCCACGUCCUCCUCCCACGUCCAUGGCACCUCCUUCCCACUCAGCCACUUGAGCAAACUCUAAGACACCUCCUCCCCUGACUUCAGUCAUUACGCCAAGGGCCAUUAGGCUCCCAGCAGGACUAUUUUUAGAGACCCCGUUUCUGUUACAGAGACAUUUUUCCCUGUGUGAAAAUCUCCUUCCCUCCAUCCGCAACAGCCAGCCCUGUUGACAGCACCUCUCUGCUGUCCCUGACCCAGAGGAAGGGCCCUUGGCUCACCCAGUGCUUUGCC